AAGCGGAGCUACGAGGAGAAGCAACAACUUUAUUCCUUCCGAAAUAAGUGCAAAAAUUGUUAAAUAAAUAUUUAAUAAUAAUUAACAUUUAAAUUUAUUUAUCAAAAAUUAAAGAUAGUGAAAAUAAUGAAUAGUGCAUUUAAAGCUGAAGAUAUCACUUUAAACGCACACCAAUGGACGUUUGAAGGAGAUUGUAAGUUACUGGAAUGGAUGAAGCAAAUAACGGAGAACUUAGAAAGUAGAACAAACAAAACUACGGAAGCCUUUGAUAAACUUAAUGUAGAUGUUAAACGCGCCAAUAUUGCCUUAGAUAAUGCAGCGAAUAGUCUCACAGCAUUACAAUACACUCAGUUUGUGGAAAGUCGCUGUCAUGAUGAUGAUGAAACUAUCGCCAAUCAAGCAGAAGUUCCUAUUGAUUUGGUAAAAUCAGACAACGAACCAAAAUCCUCAACUGAAGUCUUUAAAACUUUUCUUGAGAAUAAUUUGAAAAUGUUACACAAUUGUCAUGAAAAAUAUGCUAUAGAUUUUGAUGACUCUGAUGAUGAAGACUCAACCAACAAUUGUAUAUAUCAAACAAAAAAUCCAUAUAAUGAUCGUUUAUUACCACACAUUUUUGGUUCAAAAUUAUGGAAAGAAAACUGGCAUGUGGGUCUAUGUGACGGUGCUAAUGAUUAUUCAGGAGAUGAAAAAUCGGAAGCAUUCUCUGAUUCUACAAGUUCGCUUGAUGACACUAUAUCAUAUGAAAGUAAUAAUGCAAACUUAUCGCAAUGGGCAUCAUCUAAUUCGGUGAAUGACAGUCUCUCCAUAAAUGUACCAAUUCCAAAACCAAGUUUACAUGGUCCUACAAAUUUAUUAUCAGAAGAACAACGUUUGCAUAUUAGGGCUAGACAAGCUGCUGGUAGUAGUGAAAGUAGUUCAUCUACAUCAAGAAGUUUAUCUACUAAGCCGGAAAGUAAUGAAUAUGAUUUAUUUGCUUCAUUGGCAAACACGCAACCAUCAGCAAUACCUGUAUCAAUAACAAAAACAACAGCUCAAGAAAGAGAAGCGCGUGUUAAUUCAGAUCGUUCGCAAAGUUCAAGUCUUAACAGCUCUAACAAUACAUUGCCAAUUAAUAAUACUCAAUAUAGCAUUACUAAAGAAGAUAACAUAUCAAAUGCUACUGCAGAGAAACCUAAAAUAACAGCCAAUCAAAUCAAACGCAAACCUGUGAAUUUGUUUGAUGAUGAUGAUUUUAAUUCGUUAAUGACGCAAAUUACAGAUAAAGCGCAGUCAAAAACUGAAAAAAAUGCCCCAAUAAAAGCUGCUGCAGGUCAGUUAGCAACUGAUAUUGAAAGGAGCCUAAAACAAAGACAUAAAGAUAAUGGAAAAGUUGACUUAUUUAAUAGUCACGACAAAAGCUCAAUAAAUUUGCCAAGUGAUAAAAAAAUAGAUAAACCACAAGAACAAACACGAAAACGAUUAAAUUUAUUUGAUAGUCCUGAUAUAAGUCCAACAACGGAAUCACUUUUUCCACCUACUAACAUAGAAGAAUCUACUGAGAAAUCAAAAACAACAAAGACGAAAAUAACUGCAAAAUCACUGUUUGAUGAUGAUGAUGAAGAAGAUGAUUUUCUUAAUGUAUUUGGCACGAAGAAGCCCUCUAAAGAUUUACAUGCCAAAACAUUGUUAUUUGUUGAUGACCCUAAGGAAGAGAAUGAUAUUUUUGUAAGCAAAGGAAACACUAAAGAAAAUAAAAAAGAUUUGUUUGAAAAGAAAAAAAUAGAACCUAAAGUUACAGAAAAAAGUAAAAUUAAUAAAUUAGAUUUAUUUGGUGAGAAUGAUAAUGAUGAGUUUGAGAUAAGUAUAUCAAAGAAAACUACUUUAACUAAAAAGUCUAAUUUAUUUGAAGAUGAUGAUGACAUAAAUAGCGCUAUCGAUGACCCUUUUCAGAAAACCAAUCAAAAGAAAAGCAAAUUAUUUGUUGAUGAAUCGGUGACUGAUGCUAAAACUAAAGCUUCACAUAUAACAAAAAUAGAGAACUUAAAUAGCUCAAAAAAAUCUUUAUCAACUAAUCCAGUUGAUAUCUUUGCAGAGCCAAAUGAAAGCAAUACAAAACUUACUCAGUCAGAAAGAUAUCCAAAUUUAUUGUCUAAAGAAAAUAUUGACAGUGGUAGAUCGGAACCAAAAAUUGUUAAUAAAGCGACCAUAGAUUUGUUUGCGGAUGUUGAACAAAACAAAAUUAUUCCAACCGAUGUUUUAGAUAUAACAUCAGAUGUUGAAGAACAUGAAGCUGUUGAAAACAAAAUUGAAAACAUUUUCAAUAUUGAAAAAGAUAAAGUAAAUACUGAAUUUCAUAAAAGCAGCAGUAAAGAUAUUUUGAUAAACAAAGAAACUUCCGUUGUACAAAAUGAAGAAAGAAAGCAAACAAUAUCAAACUCCAAAAAAAUAUUGACUGAUUUAUUUGAGAGUAAUAUGGAGGAUGAUGAUUUAUUUUUAAAAACACCAAAUCAAUCUGAAGAUACUACGAAAAAUAAUGCGCAAGUUAUUGCAGAUAAACCGACAACCUAUAGUAUUACAAAUGAUUCUGAUAAUAUUAACGAAAAAACUGCAAAUCUGAAUAAAAAAAUUGAAGAUGAUUUGUUAGCACCAGUAGAUAUAAAAAAUAAUGAAAAAUUAAGAACAAAUGAAUCUACUAACAAACUCACUGCACAACACCAAAUUGACGAACCUUCAUUGGUUAACAACAGGAAUAAUAAAAAAAUUAAAACAGAAAAUGUACCUACAAAAUCAACUGAAACUAUUUCUCAACCAGUUCUGGAAAAUAAUGAUCCAUCAUCAAUAAUUAUUGAUGAUAUAUAUGAAGAAGAAAAUCUCCGCAAUAAAAAUAUAAGAGAUGAUUCCACAAAGUUACCAAAUGCUGCAAAUAAUUAUGCUGGUAUAUUUCUUGAUGAGCCCCCAGAUGAUGAUGAUUUCUUUCAAUCUAUUAGCAAUAGUAAUAAAACAAAUAUUGCUAAUAGCCUUGAUUUAGAACAUGACUUCUACGAACCCCCCUUGCCACAAACUCCAGCGACUACAAUCAAUACUACACAAGAAAAAUCCGAUAGUAUUAAAAGAUCAAAUGAUUAUAGUGGUUUACAUUUAUUUAGUGAUAUUCCACCAGAUGAUGAUGGUAUUGCUGAUAUACCAAACAGUAAUGAAACUAAACGUUUACAUAGCAUAUUCUAUGAUGAUUUUUUAGAAACUCAAACUGCAAUCAGAAAUCCAACAUCUAUACCAACGCAUUCACUAUUUGAUGAUGAACCUCCACCAGAUGUUGAUAUAUUUAAUAGUCUGGAAAAGCUUGAAGCUACAAAGGAAACAACUAAAAUACCAACAGAUGUCACUGAUCAUCAGGGAAGUGCCCAGAGAGAGAAAAUUACAAUAUCAGCAGCUACUCCUAUUGACAAUAAAAUAAAUAGCAAAAGAGAUCCAAUACCAGUAACAACAAAACAAAAAGUAAAUACUGAUAUUGGGCGUAAAACUUCUGUAGUAACAACAAAAAAUAUUAUUGAUGAUAAAUUAAAUAACAAAAAGCAGAUUAAAACAGAUAUAACUAAUAAGGAAACUUCAAAGCAGUUAAAGUUACAAGGAAAAUCAGAUUCUGAAAACAAUGAAAAGGUACAAAGUACAGAGAUAACUCAAGAAAAUGUAGUCUCAAAGCUAAAAUUGCCCAAAAUUAAUAUAAAUGUUCAAGCACUUCUGCCAAAUGCUGGCGGUAAACCAAAUUUUAAAAAGGCAGCAAAUGAAGAGCCUAUAACAACACCAACUGCUAAAACGGAUAAGAAAGAAACAAUACUCGAAACUUCCAAUAAGUCUCCAAAUUCUGGAAAUGAGAAAAUAUUAUCAAGCCUGGUAAAAGAUCGUAUACGCAUACCAGUAAAACGAAAACCAUCCACACGUAAAGCACGCCAGGAAAAUUAUCUGAAAUCUGUAUUAAACGAAGAAGAACGUGAGGUAACAGGAGAAGAUGAUUUAAAACCAACUAAUAACAUUGAACAAAAUACUAUAAAAGUACAAAGUACCAAUACAAAACAAAUGGAAGACUCAACAGAUAUGACAAACAGUAUAAAAGCAAACGAACAAACGAAAGAGGUGUUUAUUGAACCUCAUAGGGAAAAGGUGCUCGAUACUCCUACUGGUACUAUAGGAAAGACAAUAAAACAAAACUCUAAUUUAUUAGCAACGGAAUUUCAACAAAAAAUUCAAACUAAAUUACGGACGGUAGAUAUUUUUCAGGAUGACAACGAUGAUGGCAAUGAUGAUUUUCUCUUCAAGCCAACCGAAAAAUCAAAACAGCAAAAUUCCAGUUAUGAAACUACAAAAACCCAAAAUCUGUAUAAUACUGAACAAAACGAUUCGACUAAAUCAAAUAAACCAACAGUUACAUCAAUGGAAAGUAGUCAAGACGAUAAUCUAUUAAAACUUCCUACAAAAAUGUCAACUCAUACUGUGAAUAGUGCAACAACAACUCAUUCACUUUUCGCACAAAGUAAUGAUCAAAGCAGUGACGAUGAUUUAUUUGAUAGCCCAAAGAAGAACACUACAAAACCGUUGCCAUCUGCAAAAGUACUAAAUACUAAAGUAGAUUCAACUCCAAGUUCACAAACUUCCAAAUCUUUAUUUGGUGAUGAAGAAACAUAUAGCUCAGAUGAAAAUUUAUUUAAGAGUACUAAUGAAUCAACACGAAAACCUGUCGCUAAAGAAUCAGAAAAGGAAAUUAAACAAAAAAAGAAUUUGCUAUUUGAAUCUGAUGAUGAAGAUGAUGAUGACUUUCUCACUGCCAUAAAAAAGAGAGAUGGUGUCAAACCCAAACCAAUCAGUUUAAAUCAAGAUAAGGGUAAAAAUCUUUUUAGUGAUAUUGAAAGCGAUGAUGAUGAUGAUCUUUUCAAUGCUAAGCCUAAUAAAAAUAUUGCUGCUAAACCAACAACUACUAACCCAGCGGCAAAACAAAUUACGAGGCAACCACAACUUGCUGGAACUAAUACAUCGAAAACAAAAACGACAUCGCCGGCAGAUGAUCCUUUGGCAGAUCUAUUAAAUUCCUAGGCACUUGUUACAAUUAUAUAUACAAUAUAAAUUGUAAACAGAAUUAAACCAGUUAUUCUCAUUUAAAUUAUAUAUAUUCUUUAUUGUUGAAAUUAUAAAAUUUUAUACUAAAAUUAAACAAUUAUUUGUAUUGC